GCCGAGGGUUCCCAGCGUACCUUGCGCGUCUCCAUGGUGACCAGCCCCGAGCGUCCAACUGAGGCCUAGGCCGCUGCGGCCUAGCAGGCGGGAUGAGGCGUCGAGGCGGGCCGCCGCUUCUCCUGAGGCGGGCCGUCCUCUUUCUCUUGCUGCUACCCGGGGUUUGCCCGUCCACGGCCGGCCCGACGAGCGAAGCUCCUUCUUCGAAGCCGGCCACCACUCCGGGCGGAGCCACCGCGGCGUGGUCGACAACAACAACAACAGAGCCCGCUCCUCUUUCGCCCCACAGCCAGGCGAUGUCGACGGCGGGCCCCGUCGAGGCAUCCAGCCCGCGUCGCGCGUCUCCCCAAACGCCGUCUCAUGUCGGCCCGUGGCCGGCGCCCGUGACCAAGGUGGCCGAGCUCUGCGUCUGUGACCUGCUGGAGAAUCAGUGUGACGUAAACUGUUGCUGCGAUCCUGUUUGCACGGCUGCGGAUUUCAGCGUCUUUACCGCCUGUUCGGUUCCCGUUGUCACAGGUGACAGGCAUUUCUGCAGACAACCGGAAGCCCUCUAUUCCAUAGAUCAAUCAGCUCAGCCACCAGAAAGGAUAUUUCAGCUAGUCGAAAAAGUCAACCCCUCUGUGUUCUGCCUUCAGACCUCCAACUAUAAAGCUGGCCUCUCCUUCCAAGCUCCAGAAAUACCCACUCUGCAGAAUUUCGACAGGCUCCUUCAAGAAUUCGACAGGGGCAGCUUUGCUACUGGACAGGAUCUCGUGCCGGAAGCGGAGCCAGGGACCCCGCGUGAGGCUGGUGCAAACGACACCAGCAGAUACAAAUUUAAGGAUCUCAUUCAAACCACCGACGGCUUUCUGAGGCUGCCGGCUCCACUUUUUUCCCACUGUGCGCAUGAGAAUCCUGCAGGCUUCUUAAUGACCCAGGCUGAAAAAUGCAACACGGCGAUGAAGAUGGAUGGAUGCACCGCGCUUCCCGAACUCAGCAUGCUGUUCUACACCAAUUUUAGCAUUUUGGUGGUGCCCAAUUCGAGCCAAACAGUUAACGUCACCAUCCAGUCCAUCACGAUUCAGGUGCCAGAGGGACUGCGCUCUCGCCUGGCUAGCGCAGACGCUGUGUUGCUCCCUGCGUUAAAUAAUCAGUCGUGCAGCAAUGUCGUUCUUGAGGCCAGUUACCUCGUGACCUUCACCGAGGCAGGUGAAAUCGUGGGGGCAACCGUCUCGCUGGUCCUGGGGACAGUUCAUACCAGUGUCGUUUUUCUGCAGCAGAUGUUUGCCAUCCGUUUCAUACAGCAAGAUACUCGGCCGGUUCCUUUCAGCGGAAGCCCCGGUUAUCUCACUGGCUUACCGAUAAGAGCCGGAUUCAGAUCCAUUGGCUCAGGGGUCAUUCAGAGUCUGAACGAAAGAAGCCAGCUGACCAUGAUGAAAAGCACCCCAGCCCAGGAUUGCUUCCGAGCAGAAGGGAGCCGAACCCCAAUACUGUUCGGGUACGAUACGGUCUCCGGAUGCAAAGUGCGCAUUCUUGGCAGUGCCGAAUGUACACUUCUGGCUCCAGAGAUCCUAAGGGUGCUGAAGGGCCAAAAUUUCCCAGACUACGUGGCCUCUUUUGGAGAUUCCUUGCCUCAGAACGGACCGGACUGGGUCCAGAUCUCUUACAAUUCCACCAAACCGGCCACCUGUGAAAUCCCCGUCUCCUUUGAAGUGCAAGUGAAGUGGACUAAAUACGGCUCCUUGGUGAACCCCCAGGCUAAAAUCGAGAGCGUCACGGUGACCGUAAGAACGGCCCCCUUACCCCAGGUCGAGCCGGGAAGCGAAAGCAUCAUGGAGAUAUUCAGCUCCGUGUCCUUUGUGGAUAUCUCUGCCCCUGCACAGCCGGGAUACAAAGCUUGGCCCACCAUCGAGGCCCACCUGCCCUUUGAUUUUUUCUUCCCUUUUGUUUAAAACCCCCUGCAGAACCCGGAAGAGGCCGGCCUCGUUUUUCUUUUAAAAGGGGGGGUGUUGUCGUUCUUCAGAGCCAGGCUGAAGCGGGAAACAGCUGUUGCAUCCAAGGGAGCAGAGACCGACGUCGCUUCUGCCAGCAUCGACUCUGGGAAGACUCCCAGCUGGGAUUACGGUGGACCGUGGCAGAGUUUGGUUGAAAGUCUGCGGCUAGUUCAUAAGCGGAUACCGACCGAGGCAUGGGUUCUGCCAGGGGCUGCUGCGCAGGAGAAACAAGCAGAUGGGAAGGCUGGAAGGUGGAGGCCCCCGAUUGGAGAACUUGGCUUGCGAUAACACGAGUCAGGUAUAACGGGGGGCCUCCGGGAACUUAAGAUGCCAUCGUUAACGGAGCCCAGAUCCCAGAUG